AUGGCGUGGAGAAGAUCCGGCCUCCCUCGAUCCUACUCCGUCAACCCAUCGAGGUUCAAUUUGGACUACGAGGAUGUUUGGCUCACGUCUGAAGACGGCGUUCGACUUCAUUCUUGGUUUGUUAAGCACUCUCCCCCUCUCAAAGGUCCAACAAUACUCUUCUUCCAAGAGAAUGCUGGCAAUAUCGCUCACCGCCUUGAAUUUGUCCGUUUAAUGAUGCAAAGACUACAAUGCAAUGUGUUUAUGCUUUCAUACAGAGGGUACGGGGAAAGUGAUGGCUACCCAUCUCAGCAUGGGAUUAUAAAUGAUGCUCAGGCAGCAUUGGAUCAUUUAAGCAAAAGAGAUGAUAUAGAUACAUCCAGAAUAGUUGUUUUUGGUAGAUCUCUUGGAGGUGCUGUCGGGUCAGUGCUUGCAAGAAACAAUCCUGAUAAGAUUUCUGCUUUGAUAUUGGAAAAUACUUUCACCUCUAUACUGGAUAUGGCUGGAGUCAUGCUUCCGUUCUUAAAGUGGUUUAUAGGUGGCAGUGCGUCUGGAGGUCCCAGGCUUCUCAAUUUUCUUGUGCGGUCACCAUGGAGUACCAUCGAUGUAGUUUCAGAGAUCAAACAGCCAAUUCUUUUCUUGUCUGGAUUACAAGAUGAAUUGGUACCUCCUUUUCACAUGCAAAUGUUGUAUGAUAAAGCACGUGGACGCAAUGAUCGCUGUCUAUUUACUGAUUUUCCUACUGGGAUGCAUAUGGACACAUGGCUUUCUGGUGGGAAUCGCUAUUGGAGAACGAUUCAGUUAUUCCUGGAUCAGUAUGUUUCAGACACACAAGAAAUCAAAUUACUCAACAAAGAUGAUGACAAUGACAAGGAUUCUUCAACCAGGUGACCUGCACACCGCUUUAGAAUGUGGAGGCUCCUACCCUGAAGAAAGAUUAAAGUUUCAACGGAAGUUGUGGUGAGAAGAUAACCAAGAGUGCAUAAAGAUAUUUCACAGGGAAAUGGGUUGAAGACACUCAAGAUAUGACAUUGUCAGAUUUUAGCUUCAGAAUGUUUGUUAUAUUAAUCUGAUUGACGCUUGAAAUUUAUUCUUCAUGGGCUUGCUCUUGUUCUAUCACAAGUACAAAUUUUGUGAAUUAUAUAUAUUCUUUUUUUUUUGUGAUUGUGCGAUGCAUCUUUCAUCAUGGUAAUACUUUGUAAGUGUUUCAAGCUGA